GUUAAAUAGAGAAUCGUAUUUUUGUUCCUGUGUCAACGAAAAGAAGAAAAGAAGAGUAGCCCAUUAAACCCGGCUAAGUUUAUAUUAAAGAGAGUUUUUCAAACAUAACGGAAACGUCACUUCACAUCUGACACAACCCAGACAUUCCCCGCAUCAGCAGAACUCUGUUUGAAGAUGAACUCCAAUGUGGAGAAUUUGCCUCCUCAUGUUCUUCGCCUGGUCUACAAAGAGGUUUCAGCUUUAGCGGCAGACCCGCCUGAGGGUAUCAAGAUUUAUCCCAGUGAGGAAGACAUUACUGAACUGCAUACAGCCAUUGAAGGACCAGAGGGAACUCCAUUUGCCGGUGGCGUUUUCCGAAUGCGUCUGGUCCUCGGGAAGGACUUCCCUGCGGUUCCACCUAAGGGGUAUUUUCUGACCAAGAUUUUUCACCCCAAUGUGGGCCACAAGGGAGAGAUCUGCGUCAAUGUGUUGAAGAGAGACUGGAAGGCAGAACUUGGCCUCCGACAUGUCUUACUUACAAUCAAAUGUCUUCUCAUCCAUCCGAAUCCUGAGUCGGCUCUUAAUGAAGAGGCAGGCCGCUUGCUGUUAGAGGACUAUGCAGAGUAUGAAUCCCGUGCUCGUCUGCUCACAGAGAUCCACGCCAUGGGCGGGCCCGGCGGGACGUCUGGGGCACCUCAGGACCCUAAUGACGGCCCGCAACCAAAAAAGCACGCAGGCGACCCCAUGAAGAGAGCAGGACCAAGUGCAGCAGCUGUGCCAGCAGCUCUGGGUAACGGAGCUAACGGUGCUAGCACCAACAGCAGCAAUAGUAACAAUAGUAGUAACACUAAUAAUGUAGCAGGGAAAAAGAAAGCGGAUAAAAAGCGCGCAUUGAGGCGACUUUAAUACCUCAGCAAAAUACUCAGUGUGUAUGUGUAUGAGUGAGAAAGUGUGUAAAUAUAAAUAUUGAAGUGUGCAGAUGAGUUUUUGUUCCCUUUUUCUGACCAUUUCUACCACUUGUCCAGACUGUCCACUUUGUAUUCAUAUCUCAAAUUUGUCCUGUUGGCGUUGCAGGUGUGUCACUUAUUUCUAAGACAAUAAAAUAUAUUUGUUUGACUUUUA